UUGAUAGUGUAACGGUAAUGAUUGAUUUAAUAAUAAAGGACAUUUUUUAUAUAUAUGUUAUAUAUAAGUUACAAAAUAGAAUAUAAAAUAUUAAUUGCAAAAUGUUUUUUAAAUAAUAACCAAUUUGCGAGUCACCGAGUCAUUUUUAAACAAAUACAAAACAAUUUUAUGCAGACGAUCAUAAAUAAGGUGUGCUCUGUGAAAAGGGGGUUUGAUGCAUAUGUGUAAAGUGUCGUCCCAGAUUAGCCUGUGAAGACUGAACAGGCUAAUCCCGAACGUCAUUCUCCGGCUUAAGUGGAUUUUUGCUAAUAAGAGACUUAUUUGAAACGAAAAAUAUAAAAGCGGAGAGUGUCGUCCACGAUUAGCUUGUGCGAACUGCAUAGGCUAAUCUGGCACGACCAUUUACGAACAUGCAAUUAACCACUUUUCACAGAGCAUGGCUCAUUGAUGAUUUAACAAAACAAAGCAUGGCUCAUUAAUGAUUUAACAAAACAAAGCAAACUCAUGUUGUGAAUUUGAUUUACACAAGAUAAAUAUAAACCGCAAAUGCAAUUAAGUUGAUGACACAAUGACAGUAUUUAAAUAGCACUUGUUUCUGAAACUGUUUACUCCUUUUUUCUUUUUUUUCCUACUUCAAGAUGUUCUGAUGUACAUUGACUCUAACAGGCAUUUUUAUAACCAUUUAACCUACACAUAGUAAUAUGAGACAUUUUCAAAAACAACUGUUAAUUAAACAAAAUGAGAACAAAGUUGUUGAAAAAAUACUUAAAUUGUUUUGAUUUGACGUGCUAGUAACUUGAAGAAUUCCAUCUUUGUUUGUGUUUAGCAGCUCAAAAAUAGUACAUUUUAUAGGGAUUUACAAAGAUGGCUAUAAAGGUGGGCUAAACAAAGGGCAGAGCAAACCACGAGCUUUACAAGCAGAGAGAAGGAGAACGAAAUCAACAAAGAAAAGAGACAGGCCAGUUCAAAUCCGUUGAAAAUAUGACGCCAAGAGAAAAACGCCAAGUAAGAAAGAGAUGGCGCCAAAACUCCAGAGAAUACAGAGAAAGAAAGAAGACAUCUGCACACAUCCUAACACCCCCAACAUCUCCUAAUACCAAUGCAGAGAAUCCAAAUCCUAUACCCGAAGAUAACCGACGCUUCCUGUCAAUGAGAAGAAGUCUGGCCAGGAAACGGAAGAAUCAGAAGGCUAAAUGUUACCGACAAAAUUCAAAGCUAGUUAUUAAAUUAAAAUGUCAGCAACGUCUAACCGAAAGAUACAAGAAAAGAUAUAACCGUCUGAAGAGAAAAGUAAAUGAUUUAAACAAUGAUGGCAAUCAUGAUCAAGAUACAAACCAGUUGUCAGGAAAGGCAUACUUCUUGUAUAAAAGCAUGAUAAAUAACAUUAGGCGCAGAUACACUACCGCUAAAUCAAAUAAAGAGAGGCGUUUUAUUGCAAGUUUAGUAGCCAGAAAACGCAUAUUAAAGCAAUAUGGUCUAAUCACAUUUGUUAAGUCAACGCUUUUCAUGUCAAGGAAACAUCUGCAAAAGAAACCACUGAGAAAACCAAAUGUCAAGAGUUUGCAAAUGAAGUCAGACGUAAAAUCCUUUUAUGAAAGAGAUGACGUAUCACAGCUUACAGCCGACAAGAAGUCAACAAUAACAAGGAACAGAGACAAAAGACAAAUCCGCCUCCUAAAUGACGAUCUAAAAAAUCUACACUUAAAAUACCUCAGUGAAAAGAACACAAUAUCAUACACAUUGUUCUGUCAGCUUCGCCCGUUUUGGGUCAUUAAACCUAGAGAGAAAGACCGCAAAACCUGUCUGUGCAGGAUCCAUGACAAUAUUUGUCUAAAACUGCAUGCUGCUCAUACAGUUGGAAUGGUAAGAACAAAGGAUGUCAACACUUUGGUCACAGAGAUUGUUUGUGAUGAAACAAACAAGUCGUGUAUGUACAGAGAAUGCACACAAUGCAAAGAUAAGGUUCCAACCUUUGACUACACCAAUGAUAAUGGCGAACAGGUAAAAUGGUUUGAGUGGAAGACUAGAAGGGAAGAAAUAGUGGACAAGGGAAAUGAUAGAUCUAGGACUGUAACAAAGACUGUGAAGGACCAAGAUCAAGGUACAAGAGAAGUGUUGGCAUCUGAAAUAAAUGCUGAAAUGCAGCAAGCAUGUAGGCACAAAUUUAACAUUAGGAAUCAAUAUACAACACUAAAAUAUUUAAGAUCGAAUUUAACACAUGAAGAAAUAAUGGUUCACAUUGAUUUCUCGUUGGAGGAUAUGUGGUCGUUAACUAUGAUGGUAUGCCAUACCCUGGUGUUGUGCAAGCUGUCGCUGAAAAUGAUCUUGAAGUACAGGUUAUGCACAGAAUCGGCAGAAAAUGCUUCUUCUGGCCGAGGACGGAAGAUGUGCUGUGGUAUAGCCAGGACAAAAUUAUAACACUGCUCUCAAAAGAACCAGAGCAAGUUACGUCAAGACAACGACAGAUACCACCUCAUCUGUGGAUGUUAAUUGAACAAGAACUCGGCCUUUAAAUGGCAUUAAAACAAAACUAACACUUUUGAGCAACCAAUACUAUACAACACAAAUACCAUAUGUGUUGGGUAUAAACGAAAUUAAAAAUGUUACAUGGACGUUUGUGUGAUAUUGGUCUUGUCAACCCUUGAAAACAAAAUAUCAAAUUCGGCAUCGUCUCAUGUGGCAUUUUGUUUUUGGGGUUAUCAAGAUCAGUGUCAAACAUGCGGCCAUGUAAUAUGAAUAAGCGAAUUAAUAUGUUUAUAAUGUUAGCAGAUGUGUUGUGUUUUACAUUAAUUGUUUCCAGUUUGUGUUACAUGAUGCCAUGUAAUAUGAAUAAGCGAAUUAGUAUGUUUAUAAUGUUAGCAAAUGUGUUGUGUUUUACAUAAAUUAUUUCUAGUUUG